AUGUCUUCUACAACGCGUCUCUACACUAAAUUAGAACAAUGUAAACAAAAUAAAGAUUUUUACCAAGCUCAUCAAAUCUGUCGUACGGUUUAUGUUCGCCUUCGUUCAACAAACAAUGAUGAAAGUAUUUUACAAUUUCUUUUCGAAUCAGCUUGCUACUUCCUUGAACAUAAUCAAUCGAACAGCGGCUAUGAUCUAUGUAAAUGUUAUAUCGAGACAUUGAACCGUUCGAAAAUCACCGACUUAACUGAUAAUCUUAUUCAACAAAUUUGUAUUUUAUUUCAAUCAUUAAAAUGUUUUCAUGAUGAACGAACUGAAUUCGCUUGCAAUGCUUUACGUUGGUCAUCUCAAAUUCCCUAUCAUCCAGAACAAGACGAGCAAUUGCCAGUUCUUCGUACGGAAUCCAAUUCAUCGUUUUCAUCAUCUAUACUUUCAACAUUAACUGAAUCUAAUUCAACAAGCGAAGCGUCGAAGAAAGUCAACAUACACCGAACAGGUCAUCCAAAAUUACACGAAGCAUUCGCGCGAAUUCUUUGGGAUCAAGAAAAGAACUACAAAGAUAGUCGAUAUCAUUAUUUACGUUCAGAUGAUGGACGAUCAUUUGCCAUUAUGCUAAUUGAAGCACAUCAAACACUCGGUUACCCAUCAGAAAUCGAUCUCUUUAUUGCCCAAACUGUCUUACAAUAUUUAUUAUUACGCAAUUUUCAUACAGCUUAUCUUGUUUUCAUCACUUAUGUUGAACAGCAUCCUAAAAUUCGACAACCACCACCAGGUCCAUUCAAUCAAGUUUAUCCGAUGUUAAAUUUUCUCUGGUUUCUUCUCUUAUGUCUGAAAAAGACUUUGAUUAAAGUUCCGACAAAUAACAACAGCAAUAACGCCAGUGGCGAACCGAAUCAACGAUUAGAUAUUGUACCAUCUACCGAGACCACACAUUGUUUUUCGUCAUUGGUUAACGCGUACAAACCUUCACUUGAACGGGAUUCAACUUUAGUUCAAUAUGUGGAAAAGAUCGGCACGUUAUUCUUUGGUUUGAAACAAAAACCGUCGUCAACAUCAUCAAAUCCGUUUGAAAAUCUCAUGAAUUCAUUGACAGCGAAUUUAUCGAAUAGUACGCGUGGACGAGAACAACAUCAACAUCAAGCUGAUCUCGAUCUUGAAGUUGACUAA